GAGGGGAGAGGCGUAUGGUCUCAGUGCAGCCCUCGUCACCGUGGAUACAGGAGGGAGGAGAGCCGGAGGAGUCUUAAAAGAACGCAACACCACAGGACAGACUACUUCUCUCCACCCCCCCCCGCACUCUGGAAUUCUUCUAUUGGGUUCCUUUUUAGAUUUAUUUUUUUAAUCACCUUUCUCCACUAUGAACACACCAAUGACAACAGCUGCCGUGGUGUUGGCCACCUGCCACACCAACGCCACGAUAUGCUCGGGCACGUCGUGCCUGGUGGCUCCCAGCAACUACAACGAGAACCUGAGCCUAGUUCUCAGCAUCGUGCUGACCGUCAUGCUGGCCAUGGUCAUGUUCUCCAUGGGCUGCACCGUGGAGGCCGGAAAGCUGUGGGGACACAUCAAGAGGCCGUGGGGAAUUUUUAUCGGCUUCUUGUGCCAGUUCGGCAUCAUGCCCUUCACCGCCUUCGCCCUGUCGCUGGCCUUCAACGUGCUGCCCGUGCAGGCCGUCGUCAUCAUCAUCAUGGGCUGCUGUCCCGGUGGCUCCAGCUCGAAUAUCAUUGCCUACUGGCUGGAUGGAGACAUGGACCUCAGUAUCAGCAUGACAGCCUGCUCCUCUAUCCUGGCCCUGGGGAUGAUGCCUCUGUGUCUGCUCAUCUACACGUCUGUCUGGACCUCUGCUGACACCAUCCAGAUCCCCUACCAAAGCAUAGGUAUCACUUUGGUGUCCCUCCUCAUCCCCGUCGCCCUGGGAAUCUACGUCAAAAACAAGUGGCCCGAAAUAGCCAAAAAGAUCCUCAAGGUGGGUUCCAUAGUUGGCCUCCUCCUCAUCAUCAUAAUUGCGGUGGUUGGUGGGGUGCUGUACCAGUCCUCCUGGACCAUCUCCCCCUCUCUCUGGAUCAUCGGAGCCAUCUACCCCUUCGUAGGCUUCAUCCUGGGCUUCUUCAUGGCCCGCUUUGUCGGACAACCCUGGCACAGGUGUCGUACCAUCGCCCUGGAGACAGGCUUCCAGAACUCCCAGUUGUGCAGCACCAUCGUCCAGCUGUCGUUCUCCCCUGAAGACCUGGAGGUCAUGUUCGCCUUCCCACUCAUCUACAGCAUCUUCCAACUGGUGGUGGCUGUCAUGUUUGUUGGAGCUUACCAGAUGUAUAAGAGGAAGUGUGGAGCGGGUUCAUCUGAGUUAGACAGCGAGGGAGCAGAGGGGGAUGCUGAGGCACCUAAGGAUAAGCAGGAGUACGCCCUGGAAAAUGGAGGCUUCGAGUGCGACGAGAAUGGCAACAAUGGAGAAAAGGGCAAGAUCACCCAGAUGUGAGCACGGACAAGCCGCGGGACUCUGACAGCAGCACGCAGCGACCUGGGUUCAAUACCGUACCUACAUCCUUCCCACUCAAUCACACCAUGCACAGGGUUGCAGUGUGGUAGUGACUGAGGCGAGGUAUUGUGAGAUUUGUUGAGUGGUGAGAGACAGAGGAAACUGUUCACCAUGAAAAGGUUUCUGUCUAGUCACUCCUGUCAGAACUACAAUAACUUUUUCAAUAUUUAUAUUUGCAAACCAGUCAACCUAAACUAAUUUAUUAGUCCAUGUCGUAGGACUCAUGACACACACACACCAGCAUUAAGACAUUAUAUUGAGUUUUAAAUGGACCCCUCCAGGAUAUUUUACACAUGGCUCAUAUUUUAUCAUUUGUAUGUUAAAGCAACA